AAUGAGUGUAUAUGUUGUCACAGUUAAUAAUAAAAAUAAACUUCUGUAAUAUUGUUUAAUUAAAUUAAAAGAAAUGUAAUAAAGAGAAAUAGAAAAGAUUUCAUUUAGAAAUAUUUUUAAAACUGUAAUUGUUUGAUUGUAUGAUAUGCAUGUAUAUUUGUGUAUUUACAUAAUGAGCAUACAUAAUGAGAUUGUAAAGAGCUUUUAAUUUCUUCAAGAGAUAAUACAUUUCUCUGCAAGUGAGUUAAAAUCUUUAAAGUUUAUUGAGGAAGUAAUGCAUUUUAGAAAAAAUUUAGAAAUUUAGAUUUUUACUUAGAUUUUAACAAACAUAUUGAAUUUAAAAGAAAAUAGUUGUUUUUUAAUGAAAUCUUAUGUUGAAAUUUGAAAAUAUUGCCUCAUUUUUUGACAUUUAUUCCACUGAAUAUUAAAAUGAUUCUGAAGAUAUUUGCAUAAAAGAAUAUUAGUGAAUAGGAAAGGUAAUAUAUUUAAUUGAAAUAUUUAAUUUUAUUUAUUUAUCAAAAAUAAUCUAUAAUUAUGCCUAGAUGUACCUAUUAUAAUAAAUAUCAUUUUAUCAACGUUUGAAAACUUGAAAAUAUGGAACAUGUUACAAAUACAUGCAUCGAAGAAAGUUUAUAUAUAAAACAAAAUUAUCAAAAUUAUCAUUACAUAUUGAGAAGUAGAAGACUUAUCAUUUUAAAAAAGCUAUUUAUAAUUUUUAGUAUACAAUAAAUUUCUAAUAAUUAGUAAUUUUUAAAUAUCGAGACUAAAUACCACUUGCAAAAAAGUAUCUUUUAGUAAAAUCAUAGUUCAUAUCGCAACGCAUAGUUUCAAAUAUUACCGCGCUUGUGUUCAGAUUCAUGUGGUGAAAAAUGUUUGUAUUUGAAAAGCACGUAGGGCUUAUAAUUUUCUCAAUUUAAAAAUUUAAAAAUUACAUGUCACAUGUAUUUAUAUUAUAGUAUAUUAUAUUACAAAGUUUAAAUAUAUAUAACAGAAUGAUGCACUGUGUAAGAAAGACACCAUUAUCGUCAACAUUGAAGUACAUUACAAGAUGUAAGUUCAUUGAUAAUAAUAGAAAUAUUUUAAUAAGACCUCAGUUUCGUUACUUUUAUAAAAAUGCACAAGUAUCGAAAAAUCUAAUCAAACCAAUAAGUCAAUUUGGAGUAAUUAAAAACUUGUCACAUAGAUUUGAUCUUUAUAAACAAAGAUACAUUUUAAUAUGUCAGAUACAUUUUUCUCAUGGUUCCUAAUCACAGAACUACAUGUUUGGAUGUUAAUGGUACGUUUUAUGGCCGAAGGAAAAAAAGGUGAACUGGUUGUAAAAAAUAUAAUUGAAGCUAUGUGGCAAGACAUUACUGUAAGAAUAGGUCUACUGGGUCCAAUGACUGAAAAAACAAAAAAGAAACAGCUAAUGGACUUAUCAUAUCAAUUUAAUGCAGCUAUAAUUGGUUAUGAUGAAGGUAUUAUGUCAGAUGACAAAGUACUAGCUAGUGCAUUAUGGAGAAGGUUUUUUAUCUUAGAGUGUAACAAUCCUGAACAGCUAGAGAGACUUUUAAUUUAUGUUAGAAAACAGAUUAAUGCGUUUGAUAAAAUUCCAUCAGAAAAAGUUUUUGAUAAAUCAAUAGCGAAAUGGAUAGAUUUGUAAAAUAUUAAAUGAAGCUUAUGGAUGCUAUUAAGAAUUUGUAAAUUUUAAUUAGAAAGAAUAGUUGUAAACCAGUGUAAUUGAUUAUCAGGAUCUUUUGGAUUAUACAAAAGCCACCUGUAUAGAAAAAAUAAUUGUGAAAGAAGAAUUCUGGAAAAACAUUAAUACCUGAUGUGUAUCUUUCAUGUGCUCUAAAGCAUCAGUGACCGCUUGCCAUGGAGUAUCACAAGAGUUAUAAUCUCCCCAAAAGCCAGCGGAUGAAGUCAUAUCAGGUUUAUUUUGUCCUUUUCGACAACAAAGUGGUUCUCCACAAUUUGAAUUACCAUUCGGUUCAUAUAGAGGAUCAUAAUGAAUAUCUGUUAUAUGUAGAAUUUUUAUUUCGUCUUGUGUUUCAUUUUCCUUAAGUAAUGCAUGAGAAUUGUUAUUAACAUCAAUAGUCCAGUCAAAUUCAGGAUCAGUCAAGGGACAAGAUUUUGAUUCUAGGACCACACCACAAAUUGUAGUAGCCGUCAAAUUUGGUUUGGAAUCGAUUAUGUAUAAAAUGAUAGGCAAAUUUAAAUCAAUAGUUCCUUUGCAAACGUUUUCCUUUUGAAUAUUGAACAGUAUGCAUAAUUUAAUUAUUUUAUUUCUUAUAUCUUCUUCAGACAUUCCUUUACGUCGUAAAUUGAUAAAUACUUCUAAAAUUCCACGACAUAUUGUACAUAUUUUAGAGCUUGCGUUCGUUGAAAAUGUUCUCCAGUCCGAGUUCUGUAGUUCUGUAGGAAUCUUCAAAGAAUUUAUCAUAUCUUUGAAUAAUUCUCUCUCAUGGUGCAACUGCGUCCAUAAUUUAAUUUCAUUUGAAAACGAGUUCACGUCUAUAUCUUCUGAAUUCUGGACGAGGCCAUUAACACUUAAAACUAAUACAGUCAGAAUUAAUUGUUGGAACCACAUUUCCGUUGUUUUCUGUGAACACUCUCUUUUGCACUGCGCGCAAUUCGAUGUGCUUCCAACUAUUUCGAUUUCUCUUUAUCUUCGAUCAGUCCUUUAACUGAUAGAUAUCGCAAUCUUGGGAUACAUUUCUCAAUAACGAAGAUUGAGAAAGCUUAAUGAAUUCCUUAAGUUGUAAUUGUAGAUUUAAUAACAAUAGAGUUUAACUUUGACCGCACAGUGUGACAAUCAAUCCUUGGCCUACUGCGAACACAAGUCGUGCAAGACGCGACACGUACCUAAUAAUUAAAAUAAAUUUCUUGUUUUAUUGUUUUACACUAAUUGUUUUACGCAAACAUUUUGUAUCGGGCACCGAUCGGCGCUAUUCGCAUAAGAGAGCGGUUCCGGUUGCAAAAACGUCUGUAGGCACAAUCAAAGAGUUAAAAAUAUAAUUUUAUUUAAUAAUUACUUGAACAAGGUCGAUUAUAUUUUUAUAAAUAUGGUG